GAGGGAGUAACACACACACACAUCGUUGACAUUCGAUCCUCAUCAUUAUUGAUUUCCAUAUGAUCAAAUCUUUGUUGGAACAGAAAAUUCUGAUUAAACCAGAUUCAUUGAUCCGAAUUUUUUACACCCAAAGCACAAAAUGAGUGUAUCAGCAUCGGUCCAUUAUGUUCUUCAGGCAACCACAUUAUUCACAUUGGUUUGCAUUUCACUUUAUUAUUGUCUUACUGGACGUGGUCGUCGGGCUGGUGACGUUGCCUGGCUUCUUGAAGGUGUGACACCAUACAUGUGGGCAUCAUUAGGAGUCGGUUUAUCCAUUUCAUUAUCGGUGGUCGGUGCAGCUACGGGUAUAUUUACCACCGGGUCUUCAAUCGUUGGUGGCGGUGUGAAAGCACCACGUAUUCGUACGAAAAAUCUUGUAUCAAUCAUUUUCUGUGAAGCAGUCGCUAUUUAUGGCAUUAUCAUUGCAAUCGUUAUGUUGAAUAAUAUCAAAGAAUUUGAUGAAGCCAAAGUAACCGACGUUCAGCGAGCAAAAAAUUAUCUAGCCGGUUAUGUCAUGUUUGGUGCUGGAUUAACAGUCGGACUGGGUAAUCUAUUCUGCGGUCUAGCCGUUGGCGUUGUCGGAUCGGGUGCAGCAUUGGCCGAUGCAGCUAAUCCAAAUUUAUUUGUUAAAAUUUUAAUUGUUGAAAUUUUUGCUUCAGCCAUCGGUCUUUUCGGUUUGAUUGUUGCCGUCAUUUUGAAUGCUAAAGCUGAAAUGGGCGAAGGUCAUUGAAAUUGGAACGAUUCGAACAUUCAUGACCAAAAUGAAAUUGAUUGUAUAAUUGAACCAUUAAUUAAUUAAUUUUUUUCCGUUUUGUUAUUUAUGUAAAUUGA